AUGGGUGUAGAUAUCGGGAACAGGUAUAACCUGCCCGAAAAAAUUGCAAAGGGAUUGAAGAACAGACUGGCUCACAACCGCUUGGUGGCCGACUUAGAUACUAUUGGAUUUCAAGUAGAAGAAACACAAAGCUUUGGAAACGAAGUCACGUCUGCCCUAGCAAAGCUGAAAGAGAAGGAUGUUCGUAUAAUACUGGGAAACUUUAACGAGUCCUGGGCGAGAAGGAUAUUUUGCGAAGCUAACAGACAUGGAAUGUACGGACGGAAGUACCAGUGGCUGAUCAUGGGCACGUACAGCGAGGAGUGGUGGAUGCGCGAGGACGACAUGCCGUGUCCUCUGGCGGACCUGACGGCCGCUCUGGAGGGCUGCAUUCUCACCGACCUGCUGCCGCUCUCCACCAACGGCGAAAUCACUAUCUCCGGCAUUACAGCGGAAGAGUACCAGUUGGAGUACGACUCUCGGCGAGGCAACGAGUACUCUCGCUUCCACGGCUACACGUACGACGGCGUGUGGGCGGUGGCGCUAGCCAUCCAGCACGUAGCUCACCGCAUCCGGCACUUCCGCAAGAACCAGACCGUUGUCGACUUCCGUUACCGAGACCCACUCUGGGAGCAGCUCUUCCUCGAAGCUCUUCGCAACACCAGCUUCGAAGGCGUUACCGGACCUGUCAGAUUCUAUCACAACGAAAGGAAAGCCAAUAUAUUGCUCAAACAAUUUCAAAAUGGAUCAGAAGUAAAAGUUGGUGAGUUCAAUGGCGUCACAGAACAGUUAGACUUAACAAGGGGGCAUCCAAUAAAAUGGCAUGGCAAGUACCCUCCGAAAGAUCGAACAGUUCAGAUCUUUGAACAUUCACACGUGAACAUUACUAUCUACUCUCUGCUGGCGUCAGCGUCCUCCAUAGGUAUAGUAAUGGCCAUUACAUUCCUGGCCAUUAACAUCACAUAUAGAAAUCAGAGGUAUAUAAAGAUGUCGAGUCCAUAUCUAAACAACCUGAUUAUAAUUGGAUGUAUGUUAACGUACAGCAGUGUCAUAUUUUUGGGACUGGACUCCACCUUAACCAGUGUUGAAUCUUUUCCAUACAUUUGUACAGCGAGAGCGUGGCUUCUCAUGGCUGGUUUUUCACUGGCAUUUGGAUCCAUGUUUUCUAAGACCUGGAGGGUCCAUUCAAUAUUUACUGACGUGAAGCUCAACAAGAAGGUUAUUAAGGACUAUCAGCUCUUCAUGGUAGUUGGUGUCCUCCUUGUUAUCGACCUGGCAAUAAUGACGACUUGGCAGGUGACUGACCCAUUCUACAGGGAAACCAAGACAAUGGAGCCGUAUCCGCACCCGUCGAGUGAAGAUAUACUUAUAGUUCCGGAAAACGAAUAUUGUCAGAGCGAAAGAAUGACGGUAUUCGUUGGCUCGAUUUACGCUUACAAAGGUCUUCUAAUGAUAUUUGGAGCAUUUCUUGCGUGGGAAACCCGGCACGUCAGCAUACCAGCGCUCAAUGAUUCGAAGUAUGUUGGGAUGAGCGUGUACAAUGUCGUCAUAAUGUGUAUCAUGGGAGCUGCAAUCUCCUUCGUUCUCUCAGACAAACAGGAUGCUUCUUUCAUCAUAAUUUCAGUAUUCAUUAUUUUCUGCACUACAGGAACCUUAUGCCUGGUUUUUGUUCCUAAGCUUAUAGAAUUGAAAAGGAAUCCCCAAGGGUCUAUUGACAAACGCAUACGCGCUACACUGCGCCCUAUGUCAAAGAACAGGAGGGAUUCUGCCGCUUCUGAACUUGAGGAGAAACUGAAGGAAGCAAAAGCAACAAAUCAGAAAUACAGGAAGGAACUUCUCGAACGAGAAUCAGAGCUGCAGAUGCUUGUGCGGAGACUGGGUGAUGAAGGGAAGGAUAUUCUUGAUUCUGAGGUCAACAUGGACCGUUUAGUUGUUCCUAGACAUGACAUACUAAUGAAGAAAGAAGCGCCUUCCGGCACGGAAACCACAGAAAUCAGCUCAUUGUGCUCAUUAAACUCGUCUCAGGAUGGUGAAUACGUUAACUUGACUGUCGAAAACAUGGCGCUAAGAAAGAAAUCAGUCGGCGGGAAAGCGGCUUCGAGCGCCGCUUCGUGCCCCAGCGAGACCGCUAUAGGCGGUGCUACACAGCCUGCACAUAAACAAAGCCACGAGCUACCUUCGGCGCUGAAAUCGAUUGCGGAACAGAGAACGGCCGAAAGGCAGCAGACGGUGACGCGCGACGACGAUUCUGAGCCACUGAUUCUCCGUUCCAAGGCGGCGGAACACGGCCAGAGCAACGCACACUUCGUACCUGAAAGUGCCGAAGAGGACGCGGUCCGCAAGCCCGGGAAAGUGAGCGCCAUUCCUGGCGACGUACUGGAAGACCGCCCCCGCCUGCCGACGCCGCCGCUCACGCUGUGCAAAGUCGUGUCCUUCGGCGACGUGACGAAUUCCGCUCCGUACACAGAGAGCGAGGCCAUCGUGCCGCCGCCCAGACAGUUCUACGCCAAGCCGCAGGCCUCGGUGGCUCCGUCGCACAGCCGCCAGCCGUCGCACGCGCCACAGCCGGCGACCCCCAAGCCAACCGCGCCGCGCCGCCGCUCCAGCGUGAAGAGCACGUCCUCGGGGGGGUCCGCCAACGUGAACGUGUCCGUCAGUGCGCCCAAGCAGAGACGGACUAGCGUUCCCGCCACCCACGUCGCUGCGGAGCCGGCGCCGCCACCGGCGUACGGCACGCCCAGGGCCGCUGGCAAGUGCUACUCCACGGACAGUGACCGGAGUGAAAGAGAGUACUCCAAAAGUAAAAUGUAUUUUAAGGAAGAGCCGGAACUUCCCACUUCGAGGCACCACUCCCACGUCGUUCUGGACGGCACAACCGCUCAUGCAGCUAGCAGGACAGUAACACCUUUAGUUAACGAUAGUGAUUUUGUGUUAUCGGCGAACGCGUCGUCGCCGGACGUGCCAGGCAUGCUGAAGUCGAUCAGAGAUCACGCUGACAGAUCUGAGUCCACAGUGAUCCAGCGAUCAGUCUCAGAGAAAAGUCAUGAAAGAUCAGCAGUAUCACACAGAACACCACACCAGUAUGUUCCACAAGAGGUGGAACCAGUUACAAAGAAGAGUCCUGCUGAUUUGAGAAACUGUAACAUUGAUGGAAUACCACCUCUGAAGCAACAGAAGUCAGCAAUGUCUCAUGUACACAGUACACCAAAUGUGGCUACAAUCCGUGGUGGACUGUAUUCAACAAUCUCAUCAUAUAAGCCCCAUGGAAACUAUACAUCAUCUAAAACUGUUUCGUCAUCAUCUGUGUUGAAUGUCUCGGGAAUGUGCUCAGCAGUUUCAGAGGGAGAGCUUUUGGAUCUAGCAAUUCUCCCAAUUUUUCAAAAACUGUUGAGUGAAAGACAUAAAUCUAAAACUGGGUAUGGAGCAUCAAUUGCUUCUUGUCCCAAUAUUUCCAUAAAGUGUGACAUAGUUGAGUAUUUAUAGUUCCAAGUUAGAGACUGUGUAUUUGUUUAGAUGGAUGAUAUAAUGAAGUUUCAUGUGAAAAUAGAAAAUUGUUACAUGUGUGUUGAAAGUUCUAAAAUUUUUAUCUGAGUGAAUAUUCAGUCUAAUGUGAUGGAAAACACUUGAGUACCUCACAAAGAAGGCAUGCAUCUCAAAGAAAUUCACCAGAAUUUUUAACUUAUCUCUUACAAGUUAAAGAAGCAUGUUUAUGUGAGAAGCAAAAGUUAAACUACUAUGAUUUCUUAAAGUCACUGCUAUAAGAAACAUAUUGAAAAUGAUGAAAUGAAUGUUGUUAUACUUAAAUGUUUUUGUUUCAAGGUGUUAUGUCAUAAUUACUGUUGCUGUUUUAGAAUGUAAAUUUUAUAUAUAUAUAUAACUGUUGAAUUGUUCAGAUGUACUCAAAAUGUUGUGUGACUGUGAUUUAAAUGCAUGUUUUUGAUCCUGUGUUUCCAUUGAUU